UACCCUCAUCAAGCUAUGCCGCGUGCUAUUCGAGGUUCGUUCACGGCGCUUUAUCAAUGGGAUAUACCGGCAAUAUUUCGAGCCAGCUCACUAACCGCUCCACCCUCCCCUCCCCAGGAGUCCUGAUCGAAUGCGAUCCAUCGAUCAAGUCUAUUAUCGUCAAUAUAGACUCGGCCAAUCACGAUUUCAUCAUAGAAGACCUCGAUGAUCAGCGCGUCGUAGUCAAGGAGAACAUGCUCGCCGAGCUAAAGCGGAAACUUGAGGACGUAUGACGCGUCCGGAUUCCCCUGCCUCUUCGUCCAUCACUCAAACAAGCGAUUGACUGACCAUCUCUGUUAUCACUACUUGCAGCGACUCAAAGAGACCCAGCAGGCAGUCGACGAGUCUGGCUCCGAGUGAACCCUUUCUAUACCCAGUCGGCAUACGGACCACAAAGAAAGAAGAAAAGCUAUUCGACGAGGCUCCGUUGCCUCGCGGCCCCGUCCCAUUUUAACACUUUCCAACACCGUGGCUCCUACUACUGUCACUGCCACUGCUACCCGCAUUCCAACGCACUCCGUUUACCGUCUCAUGUGCGACCCCGUCAUCGGCUACAUAUGUCGAAUCCUGGCAAUCAUGAUCCUACGUUAGGAGAGACACUGGUGGAGGGUGCAUGCAACGCGCUUCGUGACCCUCGGGAUAUGGACACACUAA